CUGCUCUGGGACAUCUCCCCAAGCCCCUGCUGCUGGGGGCUGAGAUCUACCAAGCCUCGCAGCCGGGGUAGGCGGGGAUUUAGUGGGCAGCAGGGAGAGGGAAAAGAGGCAGCUGGGCACCACGUUGGCACCCCGGACAUCUGGGUUCCUGCCCCCCACCCGCCUCUGUCCUGGGGGUGUCCUCUGUCCGACCCCGUGCCCCAGUGUCCCCUUCCUCCCCUCGCUGUCAACUCUGAGAGCUCCCGGAUGACUGCCCCUCACUCCUGACCCACAGCCCACCCUCGCCGGUCACUGAUGCCCCCUGCUGGGCGUUUUCGAGGCGCCGGGCCCCGCCCUCCUCACACGCCCCCCUCGAGGACCAAUCGCGCUUGGGGGACCGACAGACUGUACACGUCACAGCCCCCCCGCAAGCUCCACGCGGGCCCGGCAGUCCCCCCCCCCGCCAGCCCACGCGUGGGUUGCACGGCCCCUGCUCCUGCGCGUGGGCCCCUGGGGGUGGGGUGCCUCCGGGGUGGGGUGGCAGCCGCUGCUGCAGUAGGGGCCGCAAAGGGUUAACCUGCCCGCUUCCGCCACGCUCAAGAUGUCGCCCCACUCCGUGUGACGUCACGCCCCGGGGCACUCCCGGGUCCAUUGCAUCACCUCCGCCCCGGUGCGCGCUAAGUCCUCUUCUCUGGUGUCCUGCCAGGCAGACGCUGUCCCCAUGGCUUUGAGGCUUGCCCCCGGGAGGCUCCUGCAGUGCUGGCCUGGGGCAACACUGGUGGCUGCCCGGGCACAGGGCACGGCACCAGCACGCAGGGAGACGGAAGCCAAAAAGAUCCCCAAAGCCCAGUUUGAGUGGCAGGAUGCCCUGCAGCUGGAGCGGCUCCUGACACCAGAGGAGGCCAUGAUCCGGGACUCCUUCCGCACCUACUGCCAAGAGAAGUUGAUGCCACGGAUCCUCAUGGCUAACCGGAAUGAAGUCUUCCACCAGGAGAUUGUGUCAGAGAUGGGGCAGCUGGGUGUCCUGGGCCCCACCAUCAGAGGCUACGGCUGCGCAGGGACCACGUACGUGGCAUAUGGGCUGCUGGCACGAGAGAUCGAGCGUGUGGACAGCAGCUACCGGUCGGUCAUGAGCGUCCAGUCCUCGCUGGUCAUGCAUCCCAUCCACACCUAUGGCACCGAGCAGCAGAAGCAGAGAUACCUGCCCCGGCUGGCCAGGGGGGAGCUACUAGGCUGCUUCGGGCUGACAGAGCCCAACCAUGGGAGCGACCCCGGGAGCAUGGAGACCAGAGCUCGCUAUAACCCAGCCAGCAAGACCUACACCCUCAAUGGCUCCAAGACCUGGAUUACGAAUGCGCCCGUGGCCGACCUGUGUGUGGUCUGGGCUGUGUGCGAGGAUGGGAAAAUCCAGGGUUUCCUGCUGGAGCGGGGCAUGAAGGGGCUUUCAACGCCCAAGAUUGAGGGCAAGUUCUCCCUGCGGGCUUCCAUCACUGGGAUGAUCCUCAUGGAAGAUGUGGAUGUACCAGAGGAGAACCUGCUGCCCAACAUCUCCGGCCUGGCUGGUCCUUUCGGCUGCCUGAACAACGCCCGGUAUGGCAUCGCAUGGGGAGCACUGGGUGCUGCUGAGUUCUGCCUGGAGACAGCUCGGCAGUAUGCUCUUGACAGGAUCCAGUUUGGGGUGCCGCUAGCUCGGAACCAGCUAAUCCAGAAGAAGCUGGCUGACAUGCUCACAGAGAUCACCAUCGGCCUGCAAGCUUGCCUGCAGCUGGGGAGACUCAAGGAUGAAGACAAGGCCACGCCUGAGAUGAUCUCCAUGUUGAAGCGGAACUCCUGUGGCAAAGCUCUGGACAUUGCCCGCCAGGCCCGCGACAUGCUGGGCGGGAACGGCAUCGCUGAUGAGUACCAUGUCAUUCGGCACGUCAUGAACCUGGAGGCCGUCAACACAUACGAAGGCACCCAUGAUAUCCACGCUUUGAUUCUGGGAAGAGCGAUCACUGGGCUUCAGGCUUUCACUGUCAACAAAUAAAUCUGCUUUACUGGGACAGCCAGGAGAGGGCACAAAUUGCCUUCAUAACUGCCUUAAUUUUUACAGUGGGAGAAGAAUGUCAUGUCUCUUUCUGCUCGCAAGGUUAAAGUUUUCCAAGCCAAAGGCUGCUGCCAUUACAGUGAAGCUGCUGUAACACAGGAUUUAAUUGCUCUUCAGUUUGUUUCUGUGAUUGUUGUGUAAUGUGCAGCAAGAUUUACCCACAGAUCUCAGUGGUUGAUUUUAACUUUUUUCCCCCUCCCAAGUUUGGGAAGCCAAGAUAAGUUCUCCCUUUGCCUUCAGCUUGGGUAAAGGAUCUAAUGCUAUCAAGAAAACAGGCCCAAUAACA